AUGGCCCCGCGCGAGACGGUGCAGCGCAAGUCCGCCGCCGAGUUCUUCACGGAGAACCAGAACAUCGCGGGCUUCGACAACCCGGGCAAGAGCCUCUACACGACGAUCCGCGAGCUCGUGGAGAAUUCCCUCGACGCCGCCGAGUCCCUGGGCGUGCCGCCGCGCGUCGAACUGACCGUGCAGGAGCUCAGCCAGAGGGAGAUCGACGGCGAGCGCGGCAUGCAGGCCAUGGACCGCAUCGACGAGGAGCUCUUCGCCGAGGCCGCCGGCGCCAAGAAAAAGAAGGGCCGGAAGAAGAAGGACGACGACGAAGACGAGGACCCCGACCGGGCGUCGUCGAAGAAGGGCGCGAUGCUCUACUACCGCGUGACCUGCCGGGACAACGGCUGCGGCAUGCGCCGGGCCCAGAUCCCCGACGCGCUGGGCCGCGUGCUCUCCGGGAGCAAGUACGGCGUGCGCCAGACGCGCGGCAAGUUCGGCCUCGGCGCGAAGAUGGCGCUCAUCUGGUCGAAGAAGUCGUCCGGCUUUCCGGUCAAGGUCCGCACGGCCGUCGCCGCGUCCGGCGCGGGCGACGACUACGACCGCGAGGCCGGCCCGCCGGGCGCGGCCCACGUCUCCCAGGUGACGCUCGACAUCGACAUCCAGAAGAACGAGCCCAACGUCCUCGAGGAUUCCCAGGCGCCGAACCCGGAACGGUGGCGCGGCCUCGAGAUGGAGGUCGUCGUCGGCGGCGCCUGGGGCGCCUACAAGUCGCGCAUCGCGACCUACCUGCGCCAGCUCGCCAUCAUCACGCCCUACGCGGCGCUGUCGCUCCAGUUCCGCGCCGCGGACGGCCAGGGCAAGAAGGACGUCGCGUUGCGCUUCGAGCGCCGGUCGACCAAGGUGCCGCCGUGCCCGAAGAAGACGGGCUACCACCCGUCGGCCGUCAACGAGCUCCUGCUCCAGCAGCUCCUGCGGCGCACGACGCAGAAGACCCUCGUCGGGUUCCUCGCGCGCGGCGGCGAGCUCUCGAGCAUCUCGGGCCCGCUCGCGAAGCGCGUCGUCGCGGAGUGCGGCGGCGGCUUCCGCGACGACGACGACCCCAGGGCUUUGGGCGACGACGCGAAGAAGGUGAGCCGCCUGGCGCGGCUGCUCCGCGAGGUCAAGCUCUUCCCGCCGCCGUCGGGCGACUGCCUGUCGCCCGUGGGCGAGUACAACCUGCGGCUCGGCAUCGAGAAGGAGCUCCGGCCCGAGUCGGCGUGUCCCUGGGCGGCGAGGGCGUCGAGGACAACGCUGAACGUGCACCGCUUCGCGAACCGCAUCCCGCUGCUCUUCGAGGCCGGCGCGGACGUCGUCUCGCGCGUCGCCAAGACCAAGGUCAAGUGGGGCGCCUACAAGAUCGACCUCAAGAAGGAGAAGGUCGGCAUCUUC